AUGAAGUCUAUCGUUCUUUCGUGCUUUCUUAUCCCUCUGGCUGCAUCCCAGAGCUACCAGCUCUCCGAGCAGAUCGAUGUCCAGUCCAGUCUUCUUUCUGAUCCUAACCAGGUCGCUGGCAAGACUGUUGACUACAUCAUUGCAGGAGGCGGCUUGACAGGCCUGACCAUUGCGGCAAGGCUGACCGAGAACCCCAAAAUGAAAGUCCUGGUCAUUGAAAACGGGUUCUAUGAGUCCGACGAGGGAGCCAUCAUCGAGGAUCUGAACGAUUACGGAGACAUCUUCGGUACCACAGUUGACCACGCCUACGAAACCGUCGCUCAUGCCAUCAAUAACCGCACCGAGAACGUCCGAUCUGGCAAUGGCCUUGGGGGAUCGACUUUGAUCAAUGGUGGCUCCUGGACACGCCCACACAAAACCCAAAUCGAUUCUUGGGAGGAUGUAUUUGGCAAUAAGGGCUGGAAUUGGGACAACCUGUUGCCAUAUAUGAAGAAGGUCGAGAUCGCUCGUCCUCCGAAUGAUGUCGAGAUCGCCGCUGGUCACUACUAUGAUUCUGCCUGCCACGGAACGAACGGCACUGUUCAUGCUGGUCCCCGGAAUACCGGUGAGGACUAUUCUCCAAUAAUCAAGUCCCUUAUGAAUGUUGCCAAGGGGCGUGGUGUUCCUACCCAGCUAGACUUUCACUGUGGGAAUCCUCGCGGUGUCUCUAUGAUUCCCAAUGCCCUGCACGAGGACCAGAUUCGCUCCGAUGCUGCACGUGAAUGGCUCCUGCCCAACUACAAGCGCCCAAAUCUGCAGAUUCUGACGGGUCAAUUUGUUGGAAAAGUUCUCAUCAAUCGAACCGCUAGUUCCGACCACAAAGCCGUCGGUGUAAACUUUGGCACCAACAAGAAUGUCAACUUCAAUGUAUACGCCAAACAUGAGGUAUUGCUGACAGCCGGCUCAGCUGUCUCCCCUCGAAUCUUGGAGUACUCAGGCAUUGGCUUAAAAUCUGUACUCGAUGCGGCCGGUGUUCAGCAAAUCGUUGAUCUCCCUGUCGGUCUCAACAUGCAGGACCAAACCGCCACUACCGUGACCUCCCGUACCAAACCCUCCGGCAAAGGCCAAGGCCAGGCGAUCUAUUUUGCUACUUUCAAUGAAACGUUUGGUGAUUACGCUCCUCAUGCUCACCAUUUACUCAACACCAAGUUGCACCAGUGGGCUACUGAGACGGUUGCGCGCGGUGGUUUCCACAAUGUGACUGCUCUCGAGAUCCAGUAUAGGAACUACCGUGACUGGCUAAUCAAAGACGAAGUUGCCUAUACAGAGCUGUUCCUCGAUACCGCUGGCAAGAUCAACUUUGAUUUAUGGGAUCUCAUUCCAUUCACCCGUGGUUCUGUGCAUAUCCAGGGCAACGACCCCUACCUACGACGCUUUUCCUAUGACCCAAAGUUCUUUUUGAACGACCUGGACCUUCUCGGCCAGGCAGCUGGCUCGAAGCUUGCCCGCGAGAUGUCCAACACGGGUGGCAUGCAAAUCCACUUUGAUGGCGAGACUGUGCCUGGACAUAACUUGGCCUAUGAUGCUGACUUGGACCAGUGGAUGGAUUAUGUUAAGCAGAACUUCCGCGCAAAUUGGCACGCUGUCGGCACUUGCUCGAUGAUGGCAAAGGAGCUUGGCGGAGUUGUUGAUUCUGCGGCUCGAGUGUAUGGUGUCAAGGGCCUUCGCGUAGCUGACGGCUCGAUCCCGCCGACUCAAGUGUCUUCCCACGUCAUGACUGUCUUCUACGCUAUGGCUUUGAAGAUUUCUGAUGCCGUUCUGGCAGACUUCCAUGCCAAGUCUUCGCAGCACUGA